AUGGAGAAACAGAGCCAAGACAGAGCAGUCCAAAAGCCGCUGCAGCUGCGCAGAACAGUGCUCAAUGGUCAAAGCACAAUCGAAAAGGCUAUUGAUUACGAAGUCCUUCAUUCGUGGCUAGGCACUGGACUUCUAACAAGCGCUGGUACAAAAUGGAAGACGAGGAGGCGCUUGUUGACACCCUCGUUUCACUUCCGUAUUCUCGAAUCAUUCGUUCAGCCAAUGAAUGCGCGUGCUCGAAAUACUGUGGAGAAGCUGCGACGACGCUGCGGAGAACCUUGGAUAAACAUUGUGCCACUGGUGGCUGAGUGCACGCUGAACAUCCUGUUGGAGACCAUCAUGGGGGUGAUUCCAGAAGAAAAAGAGAACUUCUGUCAUUCUUACAUUCAAGCGGUUCAUUAUUUGUCCAGUCAGAUUACUUUUCGGGUGCAGUCACCGUGGUUACUCGUAGAUGCCAUUUAUUUCCGAACCUCCUACGGAAAAGCAUACCAGAAAAACACAGAAAUCGUUCACAACUUCACAGCAGGGGUCAUCAGGGAACGUCGGAAAGAGCUCAUGAAAAACUAUGAAGAAGACACUGUGGUAGAAGAGGAGCACGAAGGGGUCUACAACAGAAAGCGUCUGCUUACGUUCUUAGAUAUUCUUCUGCGCUACAGUAUCGAAAACGAUGGCUCAAUUAGCGAUGAUGACAUCAGAGAAGAAGUGGACACGUUCAUGUUCGAGGGUCACGAUACAACGGCUGUGGCAAUAUGCUGGUCACUCUAUAUGAUUGGACUGCAUCAGGACCACCAGAGAAACAUUCACAAGGAAUUGGAUUCUGUUCUGGGCAACGACACCGAAAAAGACGUCACCACUGAGCACAUCAAGGAGCUCAAGUAUUUGGACUGCGUCAUGAAGGAAUGUCAGCGACUCUACCCAUCGGUACCAAUUAUUGGCCGAGAAAGCCUGGAAGACUUCAAGCUAGGAGACCAUAUAAUUCCAAAAGGCACAACGAUCGACGUUUUUAUUUACGCGCUUCAUCGAGAUCCAGAAGUUUUCCCAGACCCAGAGCGGUUUGACCCCAGUCGCUUCCUGCCGGAGAAUAUCAGCAACCGUCAUUCACACGCUUUCAUCCCGUUCUCGGCUGGCUCAAGAAACUGCAUUGGUCAGCGGUUUGCAGCAAUGGAGCUGAAGAUUAUUCUCGCCACCAUCUUACGGAACUUCAACGUGGUGUCAUUGGAUCACCGUGACAAGUUACUGCUCUCCAGUGACCUUGUGUUGAGAGCAGCUGGUGGAAUGAGGCUUUCUUUUACGCCAAGGUUUCUUUAAAGGGACUGACAACCGAUAUUUAUGGACCCAGUUUUUUAUGACGCAACGAAAAGCUCACCCUCAGUAGUGUUUACACCUGCAGCGCGGUUACUUCCAAAAGUGUGUGGAUACUUUGUAAGCAGAAUUUUUCGAUCUGAGCAGCCUCUAAAAAAUAAGAGUCCCUCCUCCAGCAACGCUGAGAAGUGAUAGCGAUGCCGAUAGCCCGCUUCGCAAAUUGUGAAAGACGCCCAUCGUCCUGCUUUCACUUGAGGGAGUGCAAAUGUGGUUAACCACAUAUAUUGUCACCUUUCCAAUCACUUUUAAAGGUAAAUAGAUUGGUACAAUAAGUUGGCGUUGUUUUACAGACCUUUCUUAUAUUUGUACCGCGUUUUUUUCCGAAGUACACGACUACGUCAUGGCGGGCUGGUCCCCACGUCAUUAUUCAGUCGAUAGACGAGCCAAGCCAAGUCAUCGAAAACGAAGGCGAAGGCAGCGCCACUUUUCUACUCACUACAAACGAAGGCUUAUCUGCACAUUGUAAGUUAUAAAAAACUUAUAAUAGAAAGAAUGUUACUGCAUUUCAAUAAUAAUAAAAAGACCAGGAACAGCGUACUCUAGUAGAAGGUCACGUGGCAGACCUCCUAAGUACGUUCAUGUUUUUGCCGCAUGGGGCGCCAAAGGUCAUUUUUCGCGACUAUUAAUGAAGAAUUAAAAAUAUAAAUCCGCGUUUAAUGAGACAAGCAGGGCCCGUUCUAGCCAAUACGAUAGACGAUCUUUCCAUCCAUGGGGUUAUCUCAAUUCAUGUUCCAAGCGGUUGUCUGUCUUUUUUAAUGAUUACGAAAGUUGUCUCUUGUCAAAAUGUCGUCAAAUCUGUUCAACGCGUCCUCAUUGCUCGCGCUUGUUAAUGCAGAAUUGUAGAUAUGUAAAACUAUUUUUAAUAAAUUGGUACGUGAAUCCCUUGAUGGGCAUGAAACACCAACUGUGCAAAUAAAGCUCGUGCAUUUUGUUGUGCUAGUAAUAUUCAAGAUAG